AUGGUUUGUGCGAAGUGUGAGAAGAAACUGGCCAAGUUAGCGACACCUGACGUGUAUCGUUCCACCACUGGGGAGCAACACAAGGAUCGUAAGGAUGUCGGAGUGAAUAAAUUGAUUAAAAAGCAGGAUAAGUCUACUCAUGUAUGCAAAUCCUGCAAGAACAGCGUCAUGAACCAAAACAAAUACUGUAACUACUGUGCGUAUAAGAAGGGCAAAUGUGCAAGGUGCGGUAAGAAGGUGAUCGACACAAGCUCUCACAAUAUGUCCGCAGUAUAA